AUGAGUCCUCCUAAAGGAGGAGGAAACAAGAAGAAAAAAAGUGGUGACAAAGGCGGAGAUGUCUUCCCACGGCUCGACGGCCACCGGGAGGGUCCCAAGUUCCUCGUUGUAAGGCGUAUGGACAUCAAAGAUGCAUCGUUCGAAAAAGUCAGCCCCAUCUUCAUCCACAAGGGGAUCAAGAUUGCCUGCGGAGAACCUCUCAAUACUGUGAAGCUUCGAUACGGAACCCUACUAGUGAAGACCAAGAACAUUGCCCAAGCCAAUCAACUGCUUCGCUGCAAAAUGCUGGGCGAUAUGGCUGUACGAGUCGAAGAAAACGCGAAACUGAACCAGACCAGAGGAAUAAUUACAAAUGCUGAACUUCGUUACGCUACUAUGGAGGAGAUCGCUGAUGAUCUAUCCAACCAAGGUGUUUGCCACGUGGAACAGAUGAAGCGAAAGCGGUCAAGUGUAUUGGAGCCAACAAACAGUUUGAUUCUUACAUUCAACUCAUCGGGGAUUCCAGAGACGGUCAAGGUGGGUUACCUCGUGUUAACUGUGCGGAUGUUCAUCCCUAGGCCAAUCCGGUGUUAUAAGUGUCAAUACUACGGUCAUCCAGCAAAGUAUUGCUCGAAGGAAGAAGUGUGCAGUAACUGCUGCGAAGAGGAACAUAAAUCCGAUGUUUGCUCUGUACAAACCAUCUGCCGAAACUGUACAUCAUCUAGCCACUUUUCGUGGUCCACUGAUUGUUCAGUUUUUAAGUCCGAACAGGAGAUCGUACGCAUUAAAGUAACUGAGGGUGUAAGUAUGCGAGAGGCCAAAAACCGAUACAAGGCUAGGAACUCAUUGAACGUUAGCUACCGUGACGUGCUAAGGGGAUCUCAAUGUAACUCAAAUGUAGACAGACAAACUGUUACUGACAACAAAGAAAAUGAACCAUCAAACACGACACAGACAAUACAGAAACACUCACUGUUAACGGGUACUCCCAAUCCCGAAACAUUCGACAGAACAUUAGAUACACUAAACACGAAAACUACACAUACCAAGAUACCACAAACUAAAUCUCAGAGGCCAGGUACAAGCUUUAACUCAGCACUCUAUAUAAACACGACUCUCAAUUCGAACGACGAUGAUGAGAGCACAGAUGAUCACAUGGAGGCUGAGCUACAAAAGCCGUAUCGACCCCGCUCUGAAACAAGCGAGGAAGAAAAGCCCCCGAAUCUCAAAAAAUCAAAAAGUAAUUUAAAGCUAUGA